AUGUCGACUCCCUCGACUGCCACCGCAACACAUGCCUCGCACCACCCUCAUUAUGGCUAUUCCCACCAUCAAAUCGGAUAUCAGUCAAACGGUGCUUAUCCCGCUGCGAGUACUACAACCGGAUCUUCUCGUCUAGCAAAUAGUUACGCCUACCCUGCCAAUACACCAACUGCAACGACCACCACGCAAUCUCAUCCUCUUCCUCCUGUACCUCAAGCCACAACUCCAUCAAACCCUUCGCCAGCAACAUACAACAACGCUGCGAAUACCAAUUCAAUGUCGUCCGGCACAUCGAGUCGCCGGCGGAAGCCCGAUUGGAAGGAGUUCUAUAAGAAUGGGUUGCCCAAGGAAAUCAUCGUGAUCGAUGACACGCCUCCUCCAGACCAACCCAUGGGUUCUCAUCCGCCAGCGACCGCAGCCGUCAAUGGCCAGCCUGCAGGAAAGAAAAGACGCACCGGACUAGAGUCUGCCUACGAUUUGACGUACCACGAUCGACCGUCUUUCUCGACUAACCCCCAGCCGUACUGGGAUAACUCAUCUCACAACUCACUCUCAACUGACCGUACCACAUCCCUACACACAACUGCUCCGACGUCUCUGGGGUCGGCUGGUAGUGUGGGAACAAAUAACGGGGUCGUCUACGAGGAUGCCAAUGUUGGUCAGAAGCGCAAGCGGAAUACGCGGACAUCGACUCGACAAGAGGCUAAACGUCGAGAACUCGAGGCCGUGAGCGAUGCUUUUCUCAGUUAUAUCCCACCACCUCAGCCUCCGAUCAAGGCGAAAGAGGUUCCCGUGCCUGUUAUUCGUGAUUACUCUUAUGGGAAGCACGAAAAAGUCGAUGAUGACGAUGGACAUUACAUAGUCCAAGCAGAUACGCCUCUUACUGAACGAUACUCGAUUAUUCGGUUACUCGGUCAAGGUACCUUUGGCAAAGUUGUCGAAGCAUACGACAAACAACGAAAAGUCCGAUGUGCAGUCAAAAUCAUUCGUUCGGUGCAAAAGUACCGUGACGCAUCAAAAAUCGAAUUGCGAGUGCUGUCUACAUUAGCGUCCAACGACAAGACCAAUCGAAACAAAUGCAUCCAUUUGCGAGACUGCUUUGAUUUCCGAAAUCACAUUUGCAUCGUCACUGAUCUUUUGGGUCAGAGUGUGUUUGAUUUUCUCAAAAGCAAUUCUUUCGUUCCGUUUCCAAGCAGUCAGAUUCAAAGUUUUGCUCGUCAACUUUUUACCAGUGUAGCUUUCCUACACGAUCUUAACCUGAUCCACACCGAUCUUAAACCAGAGAAUAUUCUUCUCGUGAGCAACAACUAUCAGACAUUCACAUACAACCGCACCAUUCCCUCAUCAUCCCAUACAACAUCACGCAAUGCUCGCCAUCGUCGUGUCCUGCUGGACAGUGAGAUUCGAUUGAUCGACUUUGGCUCGGCCACAUUUGACGACGAAUAUCACUCGUCUGUCGUGUCGACACGUCAUUACCGAGCGCCAGAAAUUAUUCUGAAUCUCGGAUGGAGCUUUCCAUGCGAUAUAUGGAGUAUCGGCUGCAUUCUUGUUGAAUUCUUCACAGGUGAUGCCUUAUUUCAGACACAUGAUAAUCUGGAACAUCUUGCAAUGAUGGAGAGUGUCAUUGGAAGCCGGAUUGAUGCAAAGAUGGUGAAGCAGGUGGUACAAGGUCGGGGAAGCAGUCAAAACCAAGCUGCAAAAUACUUUAACCGGAACAAGCUUGACUACCCGAAUGAAGAGACAACGCGAGCGUCACGAAAAUACGUCAAAGCAAUGAAGCAGUUGCAUGAAUUCAUCCCCCAGAAUCAUGCAUUCAACAAACAAUUCCUAGAUCUACUGCAAAAGAUCUUUGUCUACGACCCCAAACAGCGGUUGACGGCCAAGCAAGCCCUCAAACAUCCGUGGUUCAAGGAGACGAUAGUUGAUGAUGGGACUGAAGCUUUGAAAUACACGGGCCGCCAAAAGGUAAAUUAG